AUGGCGAUUCACAUGCAUAAUCUAUCUCUUCCUGUGCCUGGCAUCGCUCAGCUCCGGACUAAACGAGACCGAUCAACAGCCCUAAAUGCUGCCACGGGACCUUCUAUAGUUUGGUCAGAUUGCAUCUUCAGAUUAGUGGUUUACAGCAGAGGUUGCCUGUUUGGGUACAAUAGAAGGCUUUCCUCCCAUUCAGUGAAAUGGGGAUUAAAUGUCAGCCAAUUGACUGGGAAAGUGGACAUUUCUGUCCAGGAAAAGAAGUGUGGUCUGGUAUUUGCAGCUACUGAUGAACCAAAUUCAAAUCCUGAUUCGAGGAAAAGGAAAGUUGUGGAGCAUGUAUGCUUGCUCAGAGGAAAGGAAAACUUAACUGAUGUACAAGAAAGCAAUAUGAUAGAUUAUCUUUAUACAACUCAAUACCAGAUGGGAGGCAUUGUGGCUAUAUCUUUAGGACGUCUAUCUGAUAAAAGUAAUGGAGAUUAUACCCAUGCUGUCUACAUGCGCUUCCAGAGGAAGGAAGAUCUUGCAAGGUUUUAUGAGAAUUCUUUCUACUUGAGAGUUCUUGUGGAACAUGUCAUGCCCUAUUGUCAUGGACUGAUUAAUGUGGAUUACGAAUCAGAAGUAGAAGAUGACAUGCUUCCCAUAUUCCGGAAAGGAGAGGAUUUCAACAAUGGUUUAGAUUUCAUCCUUCUGAUGGAAUUUGUUGAGAGUGCAAGGGGAAGACCAGUUGAAGAUGCUUUAUUGUCUAUGACAAAGCUGAUUGAAGAAUCUCCAUCCUUAAUUGUCCAAGCUACUCAAGGUUCAAAUAUCAAUCUGGAUAGUAGAGAAUAUACACAUGCAUUGAUGAUACAUUUCCGUUCUUCUGAGGCUUUUGAAAUAUUCAUGGGAAGUUCAGAGUACAAAUAUAUUUGGAGUUCUAAACUGCAACCCAUCAUCCAAAGAGUUCUUUCUGUUCAUUUUUCUGUGGAUCCUGUGGGUAAAGAGAUUAUGUAAAAAGAUAUAUGUCUGUCAUGGGGUUGCUGUUUCUUCUUUUAUUACCUGAUGAGCUCUUGAAAUAGAAGAUAAUACUACUAAAGAGAAGAGAGGAAGCUGAAAGUGAAAGCAAUCAUAAAAAUCUGUAAUUCUUAUUUCCACUCUUAUUAAAUCUACUACAAAUACAAUAUUUUCCAAUUGCUACAAAAUAUCUAUCAAGAUGACAAAUAUAUAUAUAUUUUUGAUCAA